GCAUCGAUCAAAUCCACCACUAAAUUAUUAUUCAACCUCUUACUAAACAAAAAUAAAAUAAAAAUGUGCCCUUUUAACCCCGUGACCUGCACCGCCGAUUGCCGUUCAGCGUUCGACGUCCUCGACGCCGAUCACGACGGCAAGAUAAGCCGUGAAGAUCUCGAGAAAUUCUAUCCUGAAGAACACGAGGCUGUCGGUGCGAUGAUGUUUGUGGCGGAUGAAAACAAGAAUGGGUUCGUGGAAUACGAGGAAUUCGAGAAGGUUAUUGAGUGUAAAGAAAGGAGCUUUUUCAGGUUAGUAAUGGAGGAAAUUUUUCAGGUUAUGGAUAGAGAUGGAGAUGGAAAAGUGGGAAAAGAGGAUCUUAGAAUGUAUAUGAAAUUGGCUGGUUUUCAAAUAAGAGAUGAAGAUAUUAAGGCCAUGAUUGGAUUGGGAAAUGGAGAUCAUGAUGAUGAUUAUGAUGAUGGGAAGGAGAUUGGGGUUUCUUUUGAUGGGUUUUUGAAGAUUUUGGCUUUGUGAUUUUUUAUUAUUAUAUCAUGUAAUUUGAUGGUUGUAAGUUGUAAGAGACUAAAUUACAUUAUUUGAUCUUUGGGUUUGUUAAAUAAUGGUCGGUUAUGUGCUAUUUGUUAUUAUUUAUUAAUAUUUGGUUUUGAUUUGAU